AUGGCAAUUACUACGUGUAGGAACGAAGGCACUAUAUAUACAUGCAUCCUCAUUCUAUUCUCCAUCAUACACACUACACUUAUAUCUUAUAUUCUUGUCUAAUCUAAAGAUUUGAAGGUCAGAAAUGGCGGGUCAAGGAAAGAUUGAAGUGGACGUGGAGGUCAAUGUUGGUGCAGAGAAGCUGUGGAGUAGCCUUAAGGACUCCAUCACCGUCUUCCCCAAGGCCUUCCCUCAACAAUACAAGAGUAUUGAGGUGGUUGAAGGUGAUGGGGUUUCUGUUGGCUCCGUCCGUUUGGUCACCUUUGCGGAAGGGACACCACUGGUGACAUUCUCAAAGGAGAAGAUAGAGUCAGUAGAUGAAGAGAAGAAGAGCUUGAGCUACAAUGUGAUUGAGGGAGAUAUCCUCAAGUACUACAAGAAUUUCAAGGCUAAUGUGGUUGUGACUCCAAAGGGAGAUGGAAGCCUGGUUAAGUGGAGCUGUGAAUUUGAGAAGGCCAGUGAGGAGGUCCCUGAGCCCAGCCUCAUCAAGGAUGCUGCUGUUAAGACCUUCAAGGGUCUUGAAGUUUAUCUCAAGGCUUAAUAAUAUAUACUUCAAUUAAUUAACAUCUUCUGAUGAGUGGAGCCUCCAAUCUGCUGGAGGGGUCAAUCUGUGUUUUCUUUCAAUACUUCAACAUAUGCAUUAAAAUAUGAAUAAAUACAAUUACCUUCUAUUA